UGAACUCGUACAUAGCCUUUUUAGUCAGUGACAUCGAUAGUCGCCACAAAACAUCGAUGUUUUUCGAAAAAAUUUUGUAAGUUUCGAAAAAAGAGGUUCAUUGAUAUUUUUAUCGAAAUACUGGACAACUGAACUAGACUGGUGAUUCGUAAUGUACCGUCGUACAUCGAGCGAAAUGAAGACGUAUUUUGCUUGGAUUUCUUUACUGACUUUGUGCCUUAUCGGACUGGGUGCUGCCCAGCUUUUAGAGGAACCAUGCGGAAACAGGAACGGGGUAUUCAAAAUCCUUCAUGGAGCUAAUGCCAGCCAGGAUGAAGCUCCCUGGAUGGCUGCCGUCGUUAACGGCAGAGAUUUUCUUUGUGGUGGCACGCUGAUUCACAAACGUUUUGUUUUGACUGCUGCACACUGCAUAAUUGGCCAAAAAACCCUACAGGUGAAGUUGGGAGCAUUCAACAUGAAGCACGCUACGGCCGUUUACAAUGUCAUUAAAGCAAUAACGCACAGAUCAUACAGGCAUAAUUCAGAUUAUCAAAAUGAUAUUGGCUUGCUUAAACUAUCGAGCAGCGCCGUAUAUAGCCCCUAUAUUCACCCGAUUUGCAUUAUUUUGAAUAAGGAUUUUAAGACCCAAGUAGUUACAAUUCCGGCGUUUAAGGCCUAUGGUUGGGGACGAACGGAACACAGCAAUCAAAGCGACAUACUUCAAACCAUCAUAAUUAACCGGGAAGAUCCUGCAGAGUGCUAUAAAUCCUUGGUAUUCACCCUCACUCCGAAUCAGAUAUGUGGUAGGGUUUCCUUCGGAGACACCUGCGAUGGCGAUUCCGGUGGUCCAUUGAUCAACAACGUCACUAUAUCAGGAAUCGGCGAUCGAGCAGUCCAGCUAGGAAUCGUGAGCUUUGGCUCACGAGGUUGCAAUGGAAUUGGUGUAUACACCGAUGUGACAAGCUAUGUGGAUUGGAUUGAGGCUAGAAUAAAAGGAUCGUUAGCCGAGGAUGAGUCACAAGCCAAAAUACCUCUUGGGCCUGCCCCGGGGAACGAUGGGUUGCUUUACAGAGACUGCGGUGGGGCAACCAUUGCUUCAAAUCUACUGGCAAACAUUAAUGGACCUUACUUCACGGCCCAGGGCGUGCUGAUCACUGACCAAUUCGUCAUAACAAAUUCAAAAGGUCUGCCAGCAAAUCCAGUGUUCAUAGAAGUGAUUGUGAUGGGAAUGCUAAAAACAUAUGAUUCAUACAGAGUUGCCAAUAUCUUUAAGCCAGCACAGGCCAACAACGAUAUAGCUUUGAUUCAACUUAGUCGACAGGUGACGCGCACUGAUGGAUUGAACCCAGUCUGCAUGCUUGCGAACCCUAACCUCCAGCAGAUCGCCGAAUAUAGCCCCUAUACAGUAUUUGACUAUGUAAAUACCUACGCAGGCUUACGAACUUUUGCAUUUAGUGUUUUUUCUUUGAGCCCCGACGUUUGUACUUAUAGAAUCCAAAGAAGAAUCGAAGCGAAUGAACUUUGUAUAGAAACUCCCCGCGGAAUAAGUCAGAGAUACGGAAAACGCGGCGACAUAUUAAUGAAAAAGUUAGUGUAUAUGGGAAAGGAAUCGUUCGUUUUGUUCGGAAUUCUGAGUUAUAGCUACAACGGUGUGUACGUUUAUACAAAUGUUAUGGCCCAAACUGGGUUUAUCGCGAACACGGUUAUGGGCCAAACGGUUACGAAACGAAACGGUUACCCCUAGUCACUUUUAGUUUACUAUUUUAUUUUCAAGUAUCAAUGUAAAAACACUUUAUUGGCAUUGAAAAAAUAAUGGUUUUAAAAAUUUCAUUAGAUGGUCAAAAAUGUAAUGAUAGAUGACCGUAUGCUAUGCUACUAAAAAUAUAUACACUGAAAAUAUAAUUCAUUAAAAGUUAUGUGUCUAUUAGAAAAAAAUCUUAAAAAGACUAAGAAAAGUUAGCUUUCUGAAUGUUGGAUACUAGUAUUUGAUUCAAAGGCGACACAUAAUAUUCCAAUUUCAAUUUUUCCAAUAUCUUUAAAUAUGUAAAUGGCAUUCAAGUUUAAAUAAAUGACAUCAUUUUCA